GAUACAUUCUGUAAUCAUUGUUAUUACUUUGAAAGAAUAUAAUUUUAAUUUUAUGGUUUUUUUUUUGAGUGGUUAAAAAAUUUUUGAACCAAUGGAGUUUUAUAAGGUUAUCCUGAUCCUGAGCGUCAGCUGUUCAGCGUCAGCCAUAACGUUUCCUCUAACAUCCGAGUCGCUUCCAGCGCCAUCUACCAGCGCGCCAAGUAACUCCUUCGACGAAUAUUUUAAACCCGAAGCUUCAGAACCUAAAGCGCGGCAAAACUCCGAGAACUGCGAAAAAGUUAUAAAAAACGGAAUGAUGUGCCUUGUGUGCUCCGACGAGAACACCGGAAAGUCGGAACAAUGCGCAUACAUCUCCCACCCUCCAAAAAAGUAUUCGGGACAGAAAAAACCGCGACCUGAGCCGGACAUCGACGAACUUACUCCACAAAAAUCCGCAAAAACCAAAAAAAUGAACAAAAAAUACAAAAAUCUCCGUCGGUACGACGAGAGCGCCGAAAGCGAGGAUUCCUCGAACUACUCCGAAGAUUUUGAAGGGUUCGGAGAUUACUACCCUGAGUACACCUCAAAAUCCGAAAGAUUAUCCAAUGCGGAAUCUAACGACUGCGAGGAAGUUGCGAGAGAGGACGGAACUAUUUGUACGGUUUGCAAGGAUGAGAAAAAUGGCGGAAAUUCUCAGAGGUGCAGACGCGCGUAUCAACCCAAAGAGAGUGUGUACGGCUACAGUAGGUCCCGAAGCUUUGGGGUGCCUAAAAGUGAAGGUAAGAAGAAACCUAAGAGUGUUGAGAAGAGCCAGAGUUACAGGCGCGAAGAUAAUGCCGCGGAAGAUCGAAAUCCGCACGGCAGCCUCAGAGAUCCGCAGAACAGCCGCAGGGAUACUUACGGCUACCCUGCGGAAAAAAGAGAGGUGGAAGAGGAGGAACACAGCAGGGAAAGAGGGGAUGGAAAUUGUAAGGAAGAAGAAAGAGAUGGAAUGAUUUGCACGGUUUGUGUCAACCCUAAGACUAAUGGAAAGUCGGAACAGUGUUCUUAUUCUUACAAGCCAGAGGACGAACUUUUUGCUUAUACUAAUUCAAAGUCCUACGGGUCUCCUAGUGAGAGGAAGGGUUGAUUUUGGAAUUUUUUUGUUGUUGGUUGUUAAUAAAGUUGUUAUGAAAAAUA